UAAAACAUAUUUGAGUGAAUAUGGAAUGUAAAAGCUUCCACAGUGCGUUUCCGCUGCUGUAAUGGAUAUUAUGUUAUUGUCUGGAUACAAUUUGACCUUCCGUUAAUGUCUGACAAUUGAUGCUUGCAGGUGCAGAAAAUGGCGAGACGGCUCCUGCAGCUCCUUGCCUUGUGGACAACUGUGGUUGGCAAUGUGCAGUGCUGUCCAGAGCUCUGCAGCUGCCAGGAUAAAUUUGCCCACCAGUUUGCUGACUGUGCUUACAAAGACCUGCUGGUGGUACCAGUGGGUCUCCCCACCAAUGUUACCACUGUGAGCCUUUCUGCUAACAAGAUCAAAUUACUGAAAAGUAAAAGCUUCAUCAAUAUCACACAGGUCUCCUCUCUCUGGCUGGCCCACAAUGAGAUAGUUACAAUAGAAACCGACUCCUUGGCCCCCCUGAUCCAGCUACGCAACCUGGACAUCAGCUACAACAAAAUCGUGAACUUUCCCUGGGAGGAUCUGCACAACCUCACAGCCCUGCAGCUUCUGAAAAUGAACAACAAUGAGAUGGUGAACCUUCCAAAGGACGCCUUUUCCACUCUCAAAGACCUACGGUCGCUGCGCAUCAACAACAACAAGUUUAUCACCAUUGUGCAGGGUACCUUCAGUGCUCUCUCCUCCAUGUCUCACCUACAGAUUUUUAACAACCCCUUCACAUGCUCCUGCAGCCUGGAGUGGCUGAGGGAUUGGAUCACGACAAUUAAGAUUCCCACCCCAGAGCCAAACUUAAUUGUAUGUGAGGCCCCUGAACACCUGAAGGGUACAAUGGUGACACUGAUUCCCAAACUGGACUGUGCGGCCCCUACUGUCACAAUAACCUCCGAGCCCAACAUUGAGAACACAGAGCUCUAUGAGGGAUUCAUGGUCAUCUUAAAUUGUGAGACAAAAGGGAGCCCCACACCACAGGUCAGCUGGGAGGUGACUGCAGGAAAUCAGAAUUUUGUGUUCCCCUUGCCGUCCACUGGAGAGAUUAAUGACGCGCCAAUCAAUGAUAAAACAACCAACAAUCAAUUCCUUGUCUUUAGAAACGGCUCUCUCAUCGUCUCUCGGAUGAGUAAAAAGGAAAAUGGAAAUUACAGCUGCUCUGCGGUGAAUGAAUUAGGUAGGGCGGAAAUCAGUGUUAAAGUGGUUAUGGCAGUCACCCAAAAACAUGGCAGCGACUCAAAGCCCGAUUCUGCACUGGACAAGAUCCGUCCAUCUGGUAAAAAGCCUGCAGAGCCCAACAGCUCCAAAAACAAUGUGAUCAACUGGACCAAGCCUGACGAAAAGACAAAGGGCAGCCCUGAAGGUUCAUCAGACAAAAGUGUCGGCCCGGGGCAGGGUGGCGGCGAUUCAAAGGACCCCGCCUUUGCGAGCAAAUGUGGCGUGAGAGAAAGCAGUGAAUACAUCUCCAACCACGCCUUCAACCUGAGCUUGGAUGACCUGAAGCAGUACACGUUUGAUUUUGGUGUUAUUGCGUUAGAAGUGUCAGAGACGGAGGCCAAAGUGCAGCUGAAUCCGCUGCAGCUUCCCAGCAGCAAAUCUAACCUUCAUGUGAGUCACACCGAAAACCAGGAAACAGUGAAUAAAGAGGCCUUUGGUCUGUCUCAGUCCUCAUCCAGUAAAGCCACCUUGGACAUGCUCUACCUCUGUGUAAAUACAGGCAAUGGACACUCCAUGGUUCAGUGGUCCAACAUAGAGGAGGGGGUUAACGCCUACCGCUUCCAUGGUUUACACCCUGGCACCAAUUACACACUUUGUCUCACCUAUGGGGGGCAGGACUGCCAAGUCCAAGUGGUCUUCACAACCAGGAAGAAGAUCCCCUCCCUGCUUAUCAUCGUGGUUGUUAGCAUUUUCCUACUGGGUCUGGCCACUGUUCCCUUGCUGGGGGCCACCUGCUGCCAUUUGUUAUACAAGUACCAAGGUAAGACCUACAAGCUGAUCAUGAAGGCUCGGAAUCCAGAUCAGCUGGAGAAACAGAUGACAGGAGAUUUUGAUCCCAGGGCGUCUUUUGUGGAGUCAGAGAAAACCUUCGACCCCAGCGAGUUAGGCGAGGCCGAUGAUGAGGAAGGAGACGCGGAGGCUGAGGGGAGCGUGGUGACAUCCCAGUCCAUCCCCGGAUCCUCAUCCAAAACCAACCAGGAGGAGUUUGAAGUGGGCUCGGAGUACAGUGACAGAUUACCGCUGGGAGCGGAGGCAGUCAACAUCUCGGAGGAGAUCAACGGCAACUACAAGCAGCCAAGCCGCUGAGCUCCGCUGACGUCUGCGAGUAUACUGUAAAAUAUUUUACUUUCAAGCAGCCUACAUUUAAGCCGGUAACGUAACCACUAUCACUUCACGUGAACAACGAUGGCUUCUCUUACAAAAAAGGUGGAUCUUUUACAUUUUUUCUUUACCUCAGAAAGUAGUCCGUCAAUCACUUGAGAUUGUGAAUUAAUUCAUGUGACAUUUGUAGUCUACUGUAAGGUUAAAUUAAGCAACAUCAAUUUACAAUGCAAGCACAGAUUUCUACAGUUUGUAAGACCUCAAAACUGACAAGAAAGCAGCAAAAUGUUCCCUUUCUCGGUAUGGGCGCAAACGGUGGCGCGCGGAGUUCAACGGAGUUUUACGAAACUGAGGGCAAAAAAAAAAAACGAUGUUAAGAGUUUUUAGAGAGCAAAAAAAACAACAAGUGCCAUAUGUUUUAAAAGCCAUUUUAAUUAAAGUGACAUCAGGGACCAAUUGCUCUGUCUUAGCUGUGUGCGUCUGUGGAUGAGAAAACAACUCUCUCGCCGGCCUAUUGCCAUGUCCUCAGGUGCCGACACUGCGCCUCCACUCGCAAAUUUGGAUGGUGGUAUUUGAUUAAGUGAUACUAGAUGCAGAUAUUUGGUUUCGGUGCUGACCUGCCCGCUGUCCUGUUAGACCAAAACAAGGGAAUUUUCACUUUCAACUGUGUUGUGCUUGACGGGAAAUCCCAGGUAAUUUACCCACAAAAUGUUGUUUGACGUAAUGUAAGGCUUUAAAAAUGUGCGACUUUGACUUCUUAAUUAACGGGUGCUUGCUUACUCUCGCUUUUUACAAUGAACGUGUCCAUGGCAUGUCACGUAGCCUAUUUUCUUGUGUGGUUUUUAUUAGUGUAGUCUAGAGGACUUUAGAUGUUAUACUGUCAACCUGUGAUGUAAAGCCAUGUCAAUUGAAAUUAUUAUUUUUUUACAACGGUCAGUUUCUAUGAAGCCUCAACAAAAGGGCGCACUGGGUGUCUGGCGGCUUCACUGUCUUGUAAUUGGAUGCAUAUAGUGAGUUUUUGUGAACUGUUGUAAAAUCAAACGGAAAACAAAAGCCGUGACCUUUUAAGAUUUUUUGAUAUCAUUUUAUGUAAGUGGAAUUAAUAAAACAUGAAACUAUAUCAAACAU